UCGGUCACAGUUUUCGUGUGCCCGCUGUGCCGGAUGUGCCUGUGCCUCGUCCGCCUGCACAAGCUCAGCCUUUACCACCGCUGCUGCGACCAACUUCAGGGAAGAAAGCGCCUAUCCGAAUGGAGGCACGAGCGCUUAUCUGAUUCCGGUUGGCACGCGGGAGCAUAGUUCUGUAUCUUUUAUUUCCCCCAAAUAUGGCUUUACUGGCAAAAUGCUUUCGCCGCGUCCUCAUACCGUUCUGUUACGAGCACAGCCAGCGUGAUUUGCUAUGGUGAUACAACAGGCUAACCCGAAGCUAGCCCAGGGAUUGUUUUGGGAGAUAUCGCUUUAGAACACUCCCGCUUUGACCCAUGAAUUAGAGACUUGUGGUGGAUUUUCUUGAGGGUGGAAUACAAAAGGGAAUGUCGAACCAAGGAGUCCGGAGAAAUGGCCCAGUAAAGGUGCGGUUGACAGUAUUGUGUGCAAAGAACCUGGCAAAGAAAGACUUCUUUCGGUUGCCAGAUCCCUUUGCCAAAGUGGUAGUGGACGGCUCAGGACAAUGCCACUCUACAGACACUGUGAGAAACACGCUUGACCCAAAGUGGAACCAACAUUAUGAUCUUUACAUUGGAAAGGCAGACUCCAUCACCAUCAGUGUGUGGAACCAUAAGAAGAUUCACAAAAAGCAAGGCGCAGGUUUCCUCGGCUGUGUCCGCCUCCUGUCCAACACAAUCAACAGACUUAAAGACACAGGCUAUCAGAGACUUGAUCUUAAUAAGCUGGGCCCCAAUGACAACGAUACUGUGAGAGGACAGAUCGUAGUAAGUCUACAGUCCAGAGAUCGCAUUGGGACUGGAGGACCUGUGGUGGAUUGCAGUCGGCUGUUUGAUAACGACUUACCUGAUGGUUGGGAGGAAAGACGGACGACGUCUGGAAGGAUACAGUACCUUAACCACAUCACCCGCACCACCCAAUGGGAGAGACCUACCAGACCUGCGUCGGAGUACUCCAGCCCAUCGGGGCGUCCCUCCAGCUGUGUGGUUGAUGAGAACACUCCAGUCAUGACACCUGUUAAUGGGGCCGUGGCCAGCUGCCCUCCAGGCGAACAACGGGUCCAGGAGAGACGGGUUCGAUCACAGCGGCAUCGGAACUACAUGAGUCGUACGCAUCUGCAUACGCCACCUGACCUGCCUGAGGGCUAUGAGCAAAGAACAACCCAGCAAGGCCAAGUCUACUUCCUCCAUACCCAAACCGGAGUCAGCACGUGGCAUGAUCCUCGGGUGCCCAGGGACUUGAGCAAUGUGAACUGUGAAGAGCUGGGCCCGCUGCCACCAGGCUGGGAGAUCCGAAACACAGCCACAGGCCGGGUCUACUUUGUUGAUCACAACAAUCGGACAACACAGUUCACAGACCCACGGCUGUCUGCAAACCUGCAUCUGGUUCUCAACAGCCCAAGUCCAAAUGGUUCCCGUGUGGCCAUAGACAGCCAGAACACUAACCUCAGCAACCAGCCUCAGAUGAAAGACCAGGGCGGUCCCGUUGGCCCUCCCCAGGCUCUGUCCCCAGCCCAGCUCCCCGAGGAGGCAGAAUGUCUCACGGUUCCAAAAUACAAGAGAGACCUGGUGCAGAAGUUGAAGAUCCUGAGACAGGAGCUGUCGCAGCAUCAGCCGCAGGCCGGCCACUGCCGCAUUGAGGUCAGCCGGGAAGAGAUCUUUGAGGAAUCCUAUCGACAAGUGAUGAAGAUGCGGCCAAAGGAUCUUUGGAAAAGACUGAUGAUCAAGUUCAGAGGGGAAGAAGGUCUAGAUUACGGAGGAGUUGCAAGGGAGUGGUUGUAUUUGCUGUCACAUGAAAUGCUGAAUCCGUACUAUGGUCUGUUCCAAUACUCCAGAGAUGACAUCUACACCCUCCAGAUCAACCCGGACUCUGCUGUCAAUCCUGAGCACCUGUCCUACUUCCACUUUGUGGGUCGUAUCAUGGGCCUGGCUGUGUUUCACGGCCACUACAUCGAUGGGGGGUUCACACUGCCCUUCUACAAACAGCUGCUGGGAAAACCCAUCACGCUGGACGACAUGGAGUCUGUGGACCCCGACCUCCACAACAGCCUCGUCUGGAUUCUAGGAAACGACAUCACUGGAGUCCUGGACCACACCUUCUGUGUGGAACACAACGCUUACGGGGAAAUUAUCCCACACGAGCUCAAGCCGAACGGGAAGAGCAUCUCUGUGACCGAGGAGACCAAGAAGGAGUACGUCAGGUUGUACGUGAACUGGCGUUUUCUUCACGGCAUCGAGGCUCAGUUUCUGGCUCUGCAGAAAGGUUUCAACGAGGUCAUCCCCCAGCACCUGCUCAAAGCUUUCGAUGAGAAGGAGCUGGAGCUAAUCGUGUGCGGCCUCGGAAAGAUCGACAUCGUCGACUGGAGGUCCAACACCCGUCUGAAACACUGCACCACGGAGAGCAACAUUGUCAAGUGGUUUUGGAGAGCCGUGGAGUCCUUCGAUGAAGAGAGGAGGGCUCGGCUGCUGCAGUUUGUAACUGGCUCCUCUAGAGUGCCCCUGCAAGGCUUCAAGGCUUUACAAGGUGCUGCAGGACCCAGACUCUUCACAAUUCAUCAGAUUGAUGCCAACGCCAACAACCUGCCCAAAGCUCACACCUGUUUCAACCGGAUCGACAUUCCCCCCUACGAGAGCUACGAGAAACUCUACGACAAGCUACUGACGGCCAUCGAGGAGACGUGUGGCUUUGCAGUAGAAUGAGAGCGAGCUGUUGUUGAGCUGACAGGUUCGUUCAGCCUGCAGUCUUCCUCCAUGUUCCCUCCUCAUUAUUUUGGUUUAAAGAGCUGCUAUUAGGUUACCCCAUCUUGUUUUUUGAGGUUUUUUUCUUUUAUUAGAAACUAAAAGACAUUGCUGGAUCAGCAUUGUCCAAGAAACCGCUUGCUUUGAAGAUUCUUUUGGACGACCGCAGUUCACGCUCUUGUUCAGCAAAUAUUUACUGACUGAUCCAUGUCAUGCUACUGAAUCUGUCACACUGCAAGUAGCCGUGUCUUUCCUUUAGUAGCCACUCUACAGUGUUCUUCAUCCUGUUAGAGGCACCAUUCAUUCAUCCUACCUCAGUAAACUGCUUUUUUUUGAAGGCUUUCAUCCUAAAUACCACUUCAAACAAAAAAAAGGAUUUAUGUUCAUGUUUUCACACCAGCAGUGAUUUUUCUACUUGUGAAACAUAUCCUUAGAGAAGUGUGAAGGUAGCGCUGGUCCAGACCACUCAGAGACUUUUGGACUCUGGUGAUGAAGAAGGUGUGUGUCCCACAGCGCCACCACUUCUGUUAUCUUCAGUCCCACCCUCAAAUCUGCUACGUCUUCCUCUUAUUUUCUCACAGUCCUCCUCUGCUGCAUGCGUGUCAGUGACUUGUAGGCCAACUUGGAGCAAGGAUUGGAUAGCUUUCUUCCUUCACAUCCCUUUCAAGGAAAGAAGUAUUACCCUGUAGACACUUAAGAGCACUUUACAAGCUGAGCAGUGGUGGCAGGAGUGCUUUCUUCAUGUUACUCAAAUAUGUUUGUUUCUCUUUAUGUUUUUUUCAACCACGAUAGAAAUACUCAAAGGCAAAAAAUAUCUAAACCUGUAAUUUUUGAGUACAUAUGUAUAAAUGCAUAGCUAUUUUUUGUAUAUUAUCUGUUCAAAUGCAAGCAUGUUGGUGUCCUUCACAGACCUCUUUGCAUUCUCAGGUGAGUCAUUUUUUAAAAAUCAUAAAUGAGGGGGGCAAAAAAAGAGAAUCCUGUCUUUGUCAUGGUGUGAGGGUAAAGUGAUGUUUUCAUUUGAGUCACCGUCGGCACCGAUCACGUUCCCGGUGUCAUUCGCACACCGACUUUAAGAGCAACAAAUAAAUCCUCCCAGCUGGAAGUUGCUGCUGAACAUCUGGGUGCCACACAGAAAAAUUAAAAUCAGAGGUCACACCCCCCCAAAUGAGUCGAUAAAAAAAUGCAUGAAUGGAUGCUUGGGAGGGAAUGUCUUAUUUAUUUGCAUAUUUGUUCAAAGACUUUUUUAAUGAGGAAAAACAAAAUCUAUUUACAUUUUUUGUGUGUAAACUGCCUGCAUUAAUCUGCCAUCAUGAAGUUUAUUCAGAAUAAUUCACAUCAACCCCCUGAGGUUGCACACAAAAACCCUUUUACUGCCGGUGACCGUGUCGUUUUCUGGUUGGAACAAUCCCCUUCUAUCAUGGUUGAAAUCCCAAUAAGAUCUGUUUAAAAUAAAAAGUAUAAUUUAAAGAAUUGUUUAAACUGAAUACCAGCUUUGUUAUAUAAAUAUUCAAGUUUGGUUUAAUGGUUAAACUGGUCAAAACCCCUCAGAACCGGUGGGAUCAUCCAGAGUGGCUGUUUUUACAUGUGGACUGCAGGUCUUAAAGGGUUAAUGACAAAAUUACAUCAAACUCUUCAAUUAUCUGAUGUGUAAUUCCGUACCAAAUAAAAAUGUAAUUACAUUUUAAAAGCUUCACAUGUUUGGUUUCUGUUUUUGUAUUUAUUACAUCAGUACUUGUGUUCAUAGUUUUCGUAUCAGCUGCUCUGAGAGUUUGUACCUGACACCUGUAUAAAGAACAAUAAAGAUGCAACGUAAGAAACUUCUUCAACCCUUGCAGAACAUCAAGCAAUAAAAUGAUGCUGUUUGAGCAGAACAGCUGUAUGUUUUACAGAA